CUUCUUAAAGUAUGCAUGUACCACUAUCAUAAUUACUUAUUAAAUGAAAUUAUACGACUUAUUUCUGUUUCACCCUCCAAUCGAGCUACAAAUAUUCAACCGACCCAACUCCUAAAUUCUGGUCUGCGACACACCACAGAUAAUAAAGAGUUUUAGAUUUACUUGCUUUGCAAUAUGGGAAUCCGAGUACCUCGAGUCGUGCAUGGGACGAGUUCCUACUCCCCCUACCAAGUCAGCUUGGUGGACACUGACAUGGGCAUGCAUUUCUGUGGGGGAUCAAUCCUAAAUUCGUUCAUUAUCCUUACCGCGGCCCACUGCCUGUACCGCCCGAGUCGCGGUAAGGAACUCCCCUCUCUGAAUAAUCCAAGAAUGCCGAACGAGAUCCGCGUCGUUGCGGGACAAUACAGUCUCCAGUGGCCAGACGUCACGGAACAAACACGGUACGUGAGCGAGUUUGUGGUACAUCCAGCAUACUUUAGCAUUCUGGAGAACGACAUUGCCCUCCUACAACUUUCCGAACCUCUCAACAUUACGCGAUCCGUGCAUCCUGUCCAGCUGCCCAUAUUAGAUAGAGAAUUUAAGGGAAAUAUCACCGUGUUCGGAUGGGGAGUGGAUACAAUGUAUGAUGCGAAAUCAUAUGUGGCACAUGACACUUUGCAAAUGGGUGAAAUGUCAAUAAUUCCCAAGUCAAGGUGUGACUUAUUGAUGCUUCUGAACUCUCGAUUACCGACAAUACCGACGAGAUUUGCUGCUUCCUCGAUGAUAUGUGGGUGGUCGAAUAGUACGACAGUUUGUAAAGGUGACUCUGGUUCUGGCGCUGUUUGCAGAGAUUGUCCACCACCCCCACCCGUCGUCGAAGGUAUGGAGAGCACUGGAGGAGAGGAUGGCAGCAAAUGUGUCGAUCUAUUAUGUGGAAUCAAUUCCUGGGGCGGUGGAAAGAACGAUUGCCUCAUUGACGAAUUUGGCGACCUGAUUAAACCUCCCCCACCCGCCGUGUUCACUAAAGUGUCAACCUUCGUCUAUUGGAUCAGCCACGUACUCCACACCGAAUUGGAAGUGAAAGGUCAUUUUCUCUGUGAUAAUCUUCAAUACGUUGUACAAUCGAGAAGGUGCGAUGGCAAGCUUGACUGCUUGGACGGCUCGGACGAGCAGAAUUGUACGAAAUCUGGGUCUACAACGACGGAAUCGUCGUUUAUUCAUAAUAGCAUUUCAACACAAAUGAAUGAAAUAACUCCGACAACGACACGUAAUAACAACGGUAGUGAUAGUGCAUUUGAGGAGGGGAGCUUGCGAGCUCCCCUCCUGAGUCAAAUUCCGAGUGCAUGAGAUGGAAAUGCGCUUAUAAUUACAAAGAAAACCUAAUUCAUACACUGAAAGUUCAACUGGAAGAAAAAAUUCUAAAGUGUAAAGAAUCCGAUGGAUUUCUAUGCCCAAAAGGAGAGGAAAUAUGCAUUGGGCAACAUCGUCUAUGCGACGGGAAUAUAGACUGUCCAGGAGGAAUUGAUGAAAAUCGAGAAGAUUGUGAAAUUAUGAAUUCUGUUUAUGGGUUAUCUGUAUCAAGGAAAGGAAAUAAACAAGUCGUGUAGUAGGCUAAUUGAUCUUGGAAUUGAGGACAAGUGUACUUACUAUGUAUUAAAAUAAAAGCAGAUCUGUACAGACAUGAAUCGUUUAAUAAUAAAUAUAUGCACGUAAUAAAUGAUGAUACGUUACA